CCUCGCGGUCCCACAAGUGCGAGAAGGUCUCUUGACAGCAGCAGCUCAGAAGAGAGGGGGAAGAUCUCACAGCGACUGCGAAUUGUCGAGCUGUUCCGCACUUGAGGAGGGAGCGAGACAGAGAUAUAAAGAGAGAGAGAGAGAGGAGAGAGAAAUAGAAACAGGGCAGAGUGCAGGGGAGAGAGAAAGAAAACGCUCGAGUCGAAGUCGGGACCAUCAUAUUUAUUGAGCCAACUCUCGUCUCCCAAGAUAUCAAGCAACUUCCCCGAGACUUCUCGCAAGAACCUGAAGAAUUUACGGCAUAUACGAAACUUCAGAUAAACUUUGAUUUUAUUUAUUAAAUUUUGUAUCUCUCUCCAGCCCAGACCCUUUGCCGGUGUUUGAAGAUGUCAUUUUACCUGCUCGGUGGAUUUUUCCUGCUGUUCGGUGGACUUUGGGCGCGGGCUUCGCCCACCUUACCUGUCGAGGACGCACGAGUGCCCGACUGUCCGAGCUGUUCGGUGCCCCGGCUGCAGCCACACUCGGCCGGCGCUGACAAUCAGCUGGUGGAGGCCGUGAAGAGGCACAUACUGAAUAUGCUGCAUCUCAAGAGCAGGCCGAAUAUCACGCAGCCGGUCCCCAAAGCUGCACUUUUAAGCGCCCUGAAGAGACUGCACGUUGGGCGGGUACGAGAGGACGGCCGGGUGGAGAUAGAGGAGAAUCCCUCCAGCCUGUCAGCGCUGAACGAACCCGAACAGGCUUCGGAGGUCAUCAGCUUCGCUGAAGCAGGUCCGUCUCCAGACGUUUUGCACUUUCACAUUGCCAAGGAGGAGGAUAGCGAGCUGUCUCUGGUGGACCAAGCCAAUGUCUGGCUGUACCUGAAGCUCUCAAACAAGUCUAGCCGAAGCAGGAAUAAGGUGACCAUUCGGCUGUACCGAGGUAACGACAGCUUCCCCUUCGUCGAGAAGCAGGUGGAUGUCAAAGUCAGCGGCUGGCACACGCUGCCGGUGUCGAGGGCGGUGCAGGAGACGCUGAGCACGCCGGAGAGGUCCCUGCUCCUGAGGGUUGCCUGCGCGCAGUGCAGGGAAGCCGGUGCCUCCCCCGUGCUGCUGGAGGCAGCGGGGAAGGACGAGUCGUUCCGCCCCUUCCUGAUGCUUCUGCUGCGGGAAUCGGACGCUCACACGCACCGGAUCCGCAAACGGGGGCUGGAGUGCGAAGGGAAGUCCAACAUCUGCUGCAGGAAGCGUUUCUUUGUGAACUUCCGAGACAUCGGCUGGAGCGACUGGAUCAUAGCGCCUUCCGGCUACUAUGGGAACUACUGCGAGGGAGAGUGCCCGAGCCACAUCGCCGGCACCUCGGGCUCGUCUCUUUCCUUCCACUCGGCCGUCAUCAAUCACUACAGGAUCAGGGGCUACAGCCCCUUUAACAACAUCAAAUCCUGUUGUGUCCCUACCAAACUCAGGGCAAUGUCCAUGCUCUAUUACGAUGACGGACAUAACAUUGUGAAAAAGGACAUUCAGAACAUGAUCGUGGAGGAAUGCGGCUGUUCGUAAACCCUGAGAGAUCCCCACACCCCGCACCCUCAAACACACACACACACACUGUUCGUAAACCCUGAGAGAUCCCCACCCCCCCCCCACACACACACACUGUUCGUAAACCCUUAGAGAACCCCAAACCCCGCACCCUCAGAGAGGGGGUCCUAUACAAGCUUCAGCACGCGCACACACACACACACAGACACAAACACACACACACAUACAGGCACAGACAGACGGACGGGGACACACACACACACAGGCAUACAGACGGAAGAAACAGUCACUUGCUACACUCUCUAGAUUUAGGACGUAACUCUUGCGUGGAACCUCCCCGGAGCGUUAAGUUCAGCUCAGACCUUUAAAGAUGCUGCCUGGCCUGUUGAGUUCUUCCAGCAUUGUGUGUGUGUGAUGCUCAGACUUUUAAACACACAAGCUUCUGCAGGUGCUGGAGAUCCGGAGUAACACACACACACACAAAAUCCUGGAGGAACUCAGCAGAUCAAGGAGCGUCUAUGGAGGGGGGAAAACUGCUGACGUUUAGGGCCAAAACCCUUCAUCGAACCCUUCAGCCGAAACGUCCAGUCAGAUUUCUAAGCCCACGGAAAGGUUCCACGUGGCCACCGGCUUGCACACACACACACACACACACACAGUAGCUUUCCUUGCAUUUAUUUUUUUUACCGUGACAUCCAAUGGCACUUUCCCCAGACAAAAAUGCACACGAUCCUUUCGUUGUGAACACGGGGUCGAGAGUUUUUACCACGGAGGUGCACUGCCUUUUGUUUGCAAAACUGCCUACACACGUGUAAGAUGCCUAAGUCCAGAACUAUGCAAUCUUUUAAAAAAUGGUCAUGGAUGGUUUACGUGAAAGGAGACGCUUGUUUCCACUGGAAGUUAUCAUUAUUGAGGGAAACUUGAAAGGAACGCGUUCUCCCCGCUUGUGGGCCAAACAUUUUUUUUAAAACUUUGUGACUACGAUUUGCACUAAAACGACAUUUUCCUGUCUAACCGUAUUUAUACAGACGAGUUUGAAAGAACAGGGGACUGCACUCCAGUUAACUAGAGUUUCUGUGAAAUUCUGUAUCGGCGGAUGAACAUAUACCAAAGAGAUUUGUGUAAAUGUUAUUGUGAUUUCUACAAGGAUAAUAUUUUUUAAAAAUCUAAAAAAAAGGUAUAUACACACACAGCACCUGUAGACGAACAAGGCUCCGGUAUCAGGGUUUGGAUGAAACACUCAAUACGUUUGAUCCAUCGGCACGUAGACAUCUGGAUGUCUGGGCGCUCCUAACAUCUGACUAGCAGACCCCCAGGUGUAGUUUGCACACUGAAAGCGAUUAGCAAAAAGCACUUCCCGCAGUCAGCGCUUAUUCUAUCUAAGAACAUUGAAUCAGCGUAUUUGAGAAAGAAAAGAAAUCCGAACUUUAGCUUAAAAAUAGUAGGCAUAUUUUUAUAACGACGUCGCCUUACGGCGAUCAAGAAGUAUUAAAUAAACAUAUUGUUUUAAUGUUUCACGUGAAAUAUUGCGAAGAUCAUUCACCAUAAUCUGCCCGUUUAACCAGGCGAAAGACGCACGAUUUCCUGUCGUCGGGGUGCGUGGCAGCGUAGUGGUUAGCGUAACACCAUUACAGCGCCAGGAGCCCGGGUUCAAUUCCCACCGCUGGCUGUCAGGAGUUUGUACGUUUCCCCCCGUGACCACGUGGGUUUCCUCCGGUGCCUCGGUGUCCUCCCACAGUCCAAGGCUCACAUGGGUGUAAUUGGGCUCGUUGGCCCGGAAUGCCUGUUACUAUGGCGUACCUCUAAGGAAAUCUUUCCCGGAACCCAGUUAAAUCUGUAGAGUUCAAAUUAUUUAUUUAAUGAUGCCAGCAUAUCAGGCUUUAAAGGAAUUCUUUGCCAUUCUUCCCGACUUGUUUUCAGUGCUGAUUUCCUAUGUCACCAAACACCGCCUGUUCUCUCGGGGCUCUGCCGCGGGCUGACGGCGAGGGCUCCUCGCAUCAGAAACUCGAGGGUCGGGUGGUCUCAGUGGCAGGAAGGUGGGUUAUUGCCAACGACUGAAUGGGGCCAGACUGAAGUCCAAUUUGUGAAGAUUAUACAUUCGAGAAUACCCUCCAACGCUGGCAGCGUGUUACAGCCGCGUCUUUUCAUGACACCUGGGCCGUGAGAGUAGAGAUUCCAUGUAGCUUUUCCGACUCGCUGCUGAAAUGUCCCCUUGUCAGUAGAAAUCAAGCCUACAGCGUUAAGCACCAAAAAAAAUCUCUAUGUUUUUUUUAAAAUUGUGGACUAGAUGUAUUUUACACAUCACUGUACAGUGCGAGAUUGUGUACAUAUAUGAUUUCAAUCUGCGAACUUUUUAUUGCCUUAAUAAGUUUUAUUGUUGGUCUGGGCAAGUGUGUGUGUGUGUGUGUGUGUGUGUGUGUGUGUGUGUGUGUGUUUUUAAUUGGAAUUAGACCAUAAGAUAUAGCAGGCCAUUUGGCCCAUCGAGUCUGCUCCGCCAUUCCGUUGUGGCUGACUUACUCUCCCUCCCAUUCCCCCACUUUCUCCCCGUAACCUUUAAGGCUCUGACUAAUCAAUAACCUAUCAACCUUCGUUUUAAAUAUUUCCAGUUACCUGGCCUCCGCAGACGAAGCAAAUCUGAACCGGUUGGAUAGAUCAUGAAUGGAAAUGGUGUACAAGGCCUGUCUCACCCUUUUCACGUGGCUAGCAAGUUGUUUUCAUUCAGGUUCAGUAUACAUUCGGGUGUUUAUUGAAAUUCGCCUUUGCCACCCCUGAAGUCCGCACAUUCUAGUUCAUAACCAGCAACAAAUACAACGAUAAAGCCCCACCCCAACGCACAUCCUCUCAACGGGUAUUUGUCAUCAUUACAUCAUUACGUACUGUGUCAUGAUGACAUAAUUUAUAUUUGUCAUCUACUCACAGCUGCCAGUGGGCUAGUUGGAAUCGCUACACUUAAUCUGGAUUGUGUCUAGUCUCACCGAGGGCACAGAUAGUUACAGAAAAAUGGAGGGCAAAGUAGGAGGGAAGAAUUAGAUUGAUCUUCCAGUGGGUUAAAAUGUUGGCACAACUUUGCGAGAUGAUGAGGCUGUACUGUGCUGUACUGUUCUGUGUUCUAACACAACGAUGCUUGAGGAACUCAGUAAGUCAGAUUGGGACCCAGAACUUUCAUCAGUAUUUGGAAAGGAAGGGGGCAGAAGCCGGAAUAAGAGGUGCCCUCUCCUAACGGAUUACUGCUUGGCCAGCCCUUCAUCUCGCCCACCUAUCGCCUACUUCAUACCACUCCCCCUUCACCCAGUCACCUUCCCCAUCUCCUUGUCUCAUCUAUCUCCUGCCAGCUUCUACUCCUCUCCCUCCACCUUAUUCUGGCUUCUUCCCCACUUCCUUUCCAGUCCUGGUGAAGGGUCUCGAACUGAAAUGUUGACUGUUCAUUCCCCCCCCCCCCCAUAGAUGUGGCCUGACCUGUUCAGUUCCUCCAGCAUCUUAGGUAUGUUGCUCUGGAUUUCCAGUAUCUGCAGCCCCUCCUGUGUUUUGUGCACAUUAUCUUUGGCCAAGGUUGUGACUACUGUAUGGAAAGUGGGCUUGGGUGCCUUUCAGAGAAGCAGAUAUCUUCUCUGACAAAGGCUGAUUCUUUAGUACAGGCAGACUAUUGCAGGAGGGAGGUGGUGUAGUUGGAAUGCCAAAAUGAAGUCUAUUUGGUGAGAGUGUGGAAGAUUCCAAAGCCUAACUAAUUCAGGCAAGAAAUCUCAAAAAUCCUAUCAAUACUUAACAACCUGAAUAGAAAAAUGGAAACACGAGGAAAUCUGCAGAUGAAAGGAAUAAAUUGUGGUAUCCUGCUGUGUAAAUGGGUUGGGAUGAUCUUUUGUCGUAUCACCAAUGACCUUAUUUCCCAAUUCCAACGUGUGGGAUAUUCAUGGAAGGUGUCGCGAAACUGCAAACAUUCAUUUAGACCUAAGACUUAGGAGCAGAAUUGGCCCAUUCAGCUAUCGCGUCUGCUUCAUCUUUCCAUCAUGGCUUAUUGAUUAUCCCUCUCAACCCCAUUCUCCAACCUUCUCCCUAAUCCCCGAUUAACCAAGAGCCUAUCAGCCUUUGCCCAGUGACUCGGCCUCAACAGCUAUCUGUGGCAAUGAAUUCCACAGAUCCAGCACCUUCUGGCUGAAGAAAUCCCUCUUCAUCUCUGUUUUGAAGGGUCACCCUAUUCUGAGGCUGUGCUGUCUGAUCCUAGGCCCUCCUCCCCCCGCCCCCGCCACUAUAGGAAACAUCCCCUCCACAAAGAAUUUUAAAAUGUAGGUUGUGCUGAGGUUCAUAUGAAAGGGAGAGAGGUUUGCAAAGAGAAGUCCCAGGCUCUGGGUCUUGCCUGUUGAAGCUGUGGAAAAGAGAACUGGGAGCUCAGCUCUCUCAGGGUUCUGUUGCCAAAGGUUACAGAGAAAAAGAUGUUCAAGGCUGCGAGGUGAUGUGUGAAAUAUGAAAAGAAUUUGCAAAUCAAAACUUUGCUUUGAUCCUGCGGAGAUCACAUUAGCUUUCCUAAAUGUCAUUGCAGUGUCACUCAACUAAUCUAUUUGCAGAUUAUAUGGCCACAGAAUUUAUCCCAGUAAUUCUGUGGCCAGUAAACAAAUCUUCCUGUCAGCAUCAAAUUCUGACACAUUUUUGACUGAGAGACAGAACUAUGAAGAUUAGAGACCAUUAUACAGAUUGUGUUAUCAGAAGAAUGAGGGGGAUCCCAUUGAAACCAGUCGAAUGGUAAAAGACCGCAAUAGAGUGGAUGUGGAGAGGAUGUUUCCUGUGGUGGGGGAGUCUAAGACCAGAGGACACAGCCUCAGAAUAGAGGGAUAUACUUUUAGAAUAGAGAUGAGAAGGAAUUUCUUUAACCAGAGAGUGGUGAAUCUGUGGAUUUCAUUGCCACAGGCGGCUGUGGAAUUCAAAAUCAUUGGGUAUAUUUAAUGCAGAGUUUGAUAGAAUCUUGAUUUGUCAGGGCAUGAAGGGAAACAGGGAGAAGGCAGGAGAUUGGUCUGAGGGGAAAUUGGAUCAGCCAUGAUGAAAAGGCAAAACAGACUUGAUGGGCCAAAUGGCCUAAUUCUGCUCCUAUGUCUUAUGAUCUUAUGGUGUUAUCAUGGGGCAGGCAUGAUAUACAUAUAUAAUUUUAUUGUGAAGGACUGCAGUUUUAGUGACCUUUAAUUAUUUACCAAUAAGUCUAUGCAGUUUUAAAAAAGUUAUAACUUUCCUCGUAAAAUUGCAAUGUUACAUCUUUUUCACAACAAAAACCUAAAUGCUGCAUCUUCUAAUACUCCAGCGAGUGAAGCGAGAGUUCCUGUUUACCUCUGAGUGUCUAACUGCAACUUUUUGCUCUUCUGAAAAUGCAUGCUUAAUUUGAAAAGCAGAUAGAACUGACAGUAAAUGUUCUUGUUUUAUUUUGAUUUGACUUGCACCUUAUCUAGACCAACAAUCCCAAAUUGUCUUUCCCAUUUUGUUCAUCUGCAACUUAAUGCUUCAAAACAAUGUUCUGUAGGCUAAUAUGAUUUCAAAAGUAAAAUUAAUUUAUGGACUUGUGUAAACAGUAUAAUUUGAUCAUUUGAUAUUUAUUGUACAUCAGUAAAUAAAUGUUUAUUUUUAAGUUGCAUAAGGGAUAUUACCAUAUGUUGCA